CUAAAAACCAACGCCAAGUUGAAACUUCAGAAAAUCGUAGCAAUGGUGGUGAUGAAUUUAAUGAUGCUGAAGAUAGUGAUAGAGAAAUAAGCAUUUUGAGAACAGUAAAUGCAUAUACAAAUCUGGAUAAUAUUGAUUCAGAUAAUGAUUCUGAAAUUAUUGAAGACAGGUUUGAAGUUGAAACUGCUGAAGGUCAUAGCAUUAUAUCCUCUAAGAAGUUGAGUGAUACUAUUAAAGAAUUGGAAAAUGAAAUUAAAAGUAAUAAGCAUAGUGAGUGGUUAAAAACAUUUGGUUUUGAAUACUUGGAAGUUAGGAAAGAAAUGUACAUGGAUGAUCAUAAGUGUGCAGAUGUGGUGGCUUAUCAUAAAAGAUUUUUAGAAAGAAUGGCAGUAUAUGAAACGCAAAUGAUAAUUUUUUCAGGUGAAAAUAUGAAAGAAGAAAUCUGA